ACAAACAAUCUGGUAAGACCGCUGCUUGAGUUUGAAACUUUGGAAGGUCCGAACCAAAGGUUCUCUUCUGUCUCUCUCUCUCUCACUCUGUUCGGUCUCUGCUCUAACAAAAGACCCAGACAGAGAAAAACCCUAACCCUAACCCUAAUGGCGACCAGUUCUGCGGCAGCGAACUUGGAAGAUGUGCCCUCCGUCGAUCUCAUGACGGAGCUCCUUCGUCGCAUGAAGUGCUCCUCCAAACCCGACAAGCGCCUCAUUCUCGUUGGCCCACCAGGAUCAGGAAAGGGUACCCAAUCACCAAUAGUUAAGGAUGAGUACUGCUUGUGCCACUUGGCUACUGGUGAUAUGUUAAGAGCUGCUGUUGCUGCUAAAACCCCUCUUGGGGUUAAGGCUAAAGAGGCUAUGGAUAAGGGAGAACUUGUUUCUGAUGACUUGGUUGUUGGCAUCAUAGAUGAAGCUCUUAAGAAGCCUUCAUGUCAGAAAGGUUUCAUUCUUGACGGAUUUCCAAGGACUGUGGUCCAAGCACAGAAGCUUGAUGAGAUGCUGGAAAAGAAGGGAGUCAAAGUUGAUAAGGUGCUCAACUUUGCAAUUGAUGAUGCAAUCUUGGAGGAGAGAAUUACUGGUCGCUGGAUACACCCAUCCAGUGGUAGAACCUAUCACACAAAAUUUGCACCUCCCAAAGUUCUAGGCGUUGAUGAUAUUACUGGGGAACCAUUGAUUCAGCGCAAGGAUGAUACUGCAGCUGUCCUCAAGUCAAGACUGGAGGCAUUUCACAAGCAAACUGAACCGGUUAUUGAUUAUUAUUCCAAGAAGGGCAUGGUUGCCAAUCUUCAUGCAGAAAAACCUCCCAAUGAAGUCACAACUGAGGUUCAGAAGGUGCUUUCUUCGUAAAAGCUGCUUCCCUCCAUUUUACUUAUAAAUUGAUUGCUUUCCUCAGAAAGCAUAGUGUUUAUUAUCCAUUUGUAUUCUGAUAUACUGUUGAAUUUUCUGACAAAUUGCGCCACUUCUUGAGUUUCCAAACUGCAUAUGACGGCUGCUGUCAACUUUUUGAGGUUUAAUUGAGUUACCUAUACCAUAAUAUAAAAGCGCGAAAGUGCGCGCUGAUGACACAUUUUCUGCUU